CAUGGACAUGUUGGGCUGGCGGGUGUGUUUUGGCGAGCGGCCGAACUCGAGCCUGUUCUGUGGGAAAUGGUUGGCGAUUGGGCGAUAUUGCGAUAUUGAAGUUUUGGGGCCAAAGUUUGAUGAUGCCAAGCUUGCGGCGUUUAGCCGGCGAACUGCCGACAUUUCUUGUCUUGGUAAUUAAUUUCGACUAGCGAUGGACAAAAGUUACUGUAUCCGCACGUUGCAUCGGGUCAUCGCGCUGUGCUCUGGAAAAAUGAUGCCGAAUUCUCUCAAGAUUCCAUUUUUCGUUUACUUUUCAUAUUUUUUCUUUCCUAUGCCGAUUCGGAUCUUGAUGCCGACUCGGAUCGCAGAGUGCCGUGUUCAGUAUUUUCGUUUGUUGCUGGUUGAGCCCGUGCCGGCAAUUCAAUGCCUUGUACCCGAGUACCUCUCCGUGAUACCCAUCUGCGCUGUACGAGUGGUACUUGGUACAUGCUCUACUGUGUUGCCGAUAUUGUCCUACUAAUAGGCGUGUGAGGAUAUCAAUGGACCAUUGUGCCUAUUAUGGGAUAUUUCGGUUCAGGGGGCCCAGCAGUGGGAUGGAUGGAUGGAUUCCAGUGCCUGUUGUG